AUGCCGGCCCCCGACAGAAAACAGCUUCACGGGGAGAUGGAAGCGGCGUCGAACCUGGAGGCAUCCGAGUUCGCCGAGUUCCGGGACAUUGCCAUCGAAGUGCCUCCGGGCCUUCAAGGCGUGGAAGAAGGACUGCGGCAACUUCGUCAGCUUUUCGAAUUCGAGAUCCAGAGCAUCACGACGCGCUUGGGGACCGUCGAAAAGCAGCUCGGCAUUUCGGAGUGUCAGAAUCCGAACUUCAAAAACACAUCGCCGGACAGCAGUGCCGAAAAGGUCGGCACUGUGAAGACGGAAGACACAUCUACGCCCGUGCGCAUUGAGGAAAGUGCGUGGAACAUCGUGUUGGUCCUUGGCUUGGAGGAUGUAGGUUGGUUUGACAAUGUUUUUGCAGUGCUGCUGGUGCUGCUGAACCUGCUGAUGCAGGUGUCGUUCAUGCAGAUUCUCUUAUCGGAAUACUUCAUGGGUGAGCCGUUCGAGACGAGUGUGCAGAGUGCAAAGGAUUGGCGGACAAGUAUAGCUCAUGACUCUCGCCACCUGGACUUGGCCGGAACGAGCCUUGUGUCUCGAGUGUGUGCUGGGGAUGGGUCUUUGAUCUUGUCCACGGUGCAGGCCACCCUUGUGGGGCAAAUCAACGACUUCUUGGGCUUGCAAGCAACUGAAUUUGCAUUCAACUUCUGGCAGCCGGGCACUCUCUUGUGCAUGCUGUGCAUCCUACUCUGGAGUUUGUGCGUCUACAAGGAGUUACGAAAGAUCUGGCAUUCCAUGGAGGCGGCCGCAACACUCCCAAAGGCGAGGGUGACCGACUUCCGGGACAACACAAUUCACUGCCUCUCCUACAGUCGCGCCUUUGCACUGAUGAUCACGUACCUCAUCCGAGCAGGCCUAGCCUCUGUGCUCCUGGUUGCCGGAAUCCUCUGGCUGGCAAGGACUACAUCUAUCGAGGAGCUGAUGCUGAACGCGGUUGCAUUGAACGCCAUCUUGGAUGUGGAUGAGUUCCUCUUCGAGGGCAUGACGCCCAUCAAGAUCCAGCGAGCUAUACGAAGUAUCGAGCCCAUCAAUGUUCGCUACACACGCCGACGCAGCCAGGUGGAGUCCUUGGUACAUUUCGUCGCAGUCUUGGCAACGGUCUGGUCUUCGUACCUGUUACUGCUAGUACCUCUUUGCGAAACCAUGCUGACAGUCAAGCACGAGCUGUGUGGCGGCCAGAGAGAUUUCGUGGUCGCUUACAGCUCGGAGACGCAAGUCUCUUGGGGCGUUCGCACAGAGGACAUUGCUACAGUGCGUGCCUCUUAUGAGUUUUCACCCAUCGAACGAGCUGUCAUGUCCUACAAGGGAACUCCUUCGAGUCUACAAGAAGACUGGCCUCAGACCAUUCAUUUCUCAGAUGACAGAAGAACCUUUGACACAGACGUUGCUCGCACGAUGACCAACCUUGGCGAUACUUAUCCAUUCUGCAUGGAAACGACGGUUCUACUGGAAACUGGACAGUUGCAUCAAGACCCUGCCCUUCAGCCAACCGUCGAGACCUUCUUGCGGAAUGCUGCGACAGCUCUGGGACGACCGAAUGCCACGACCUGCGCGGAGCUGGCUGAUCUCUGCAGCUCGCCAGAUGCCCGGCUCCUCCGCAUGACCUGUGCUGAAACCUGUGGCUGUACCGACCCGGAAAGCUCUGCCUGGCACAAGGUGCAGUCUCAGGGAUGUUCCGGGAUCUGCCUGGCCGAAGCUACUGCCAAGCUUCAGACCGCCGAGUGCGAGGAUGAUGUUGUCAACCAUACUGGUUGGCAGUCUUUCUGGCAUGGGUACGAAGGUGCUAUAAUCGGACACUAUGGAGACCGCGUCACCACCACCCAGUUUUUCGGAUGGAUUGGUUCAAUAGCUCAGGAUUUCUUGACUUAUGGCUGCCCCAUUCUGCAGAUACUUCCUACAGAGAUAUUGACCGGCGUUUCAUGGUGCGACGGCCACCCGCAGCUGUUCCGCCCACUAGCUUCCAUGUGCCCAAUCCAGUGUGGCUGCCGUGAUGGGCGCGCACCGACUUUGCCGAACGGUCUCCGGAGCUACUGUCCGAACAGCUGUUCAAACAGCACCCUAGCUGACGUCCCCUGA